AGGGGUGGGGUGGGUUGCGGCUCGUCGGCGCGGCGCGACUGCUUGAGGCGACGCCGCCGACCCUGCUGCAUCAGCUCCGGAGGCUUCGUCGCGCGCCUCGGCUGCCCGGAGACGGAGAUCGAGGAGAGCGGGCGAUGGCCGGAGCGGGCGCCCCGGAUUUCUUCUACAGAGAAGCGCAGCGCCUCGGCUAUGUCGCGCGCUCUGCCUUCAAGCUGCUUCAGAUGCAGAACAAGUAUAAGCUGAUAACUGCCGGGUCCUCUGUUCUCGACCUCGGCUGUGCCCCUGGCGCUUGGCUUCAGGUUGCUUGCCAGAACUUGGGUCCUCUGAAAAAUGGUGGGUCUGUCGUGGGCAUUGAUCUCAAGAAGGUCAAGGUUCCUACAAUGCAUUGUGAUGCUAGAGUUCAGACCGUUUGUGCUGAUGUGAGGAACUUCCCGAAGCACCAAAUUAAGGCCCUUUCUCCAAAGCAAAGAGGGUUUUCCGUCGUACUCUCGGAUAUGUGUCCCUCAGUUUCUGGGAUCACAACUACAGAUGCGGCUUUAUCCACUGAAUUAGGGAUGCGAGCACUUGAGGUAGCUGUUGGCAGCUCUGCCUUAGGUCAUAUGAAUAGCAAUAUCCAAAUGGAUGGACAGUCAAAGCCCUCUGCUUGUGCUCCUGAUGACAAGGGUGUGUUGCGACCAGGAGGACACCUAGUCAUUAAGCUUCUGGAAAGUGAGGAUGCACAAGAAUUCCGCCGGAUUUGCAGCCCACUUUUCAGAAAGACAUCAUGGUUAAGGCCCAAAGCUACAAGGUCGUCAUCAAGAGAGAUCUAUUUUAUCUGUCAAAGUUUGCUUUCCUGAAAAAAACCUUUGCUUUACUCGUUUGACAAUUUUCCUGGAAGUUAGGCUUUCUUGAGCAACUGUAGCUGGCUGGCGUGUUGUAUUAUCUGGCUUGUAUUCUUUUCCCCAGUCCACUACAAAAACCUAAUCGUUGGCGGACUUUCUUUUUCUUUAACUUACACAAGGGCUGUCCUAUUGUGAUGAUGGUAGUUCACAGUACGGAAUCCUGGCCUUCAAUGGCACAGCCACUAUGCGGAUAAAUUGCUCUCUUGGUUACACAAUCCAA